UUGUGCGUGUUUGCAAGCAACUAGAGACUAUUCUGAAAUUUCUCUCUCACAGGAUUAUCUCCCGCGGAGCCGCGGAGAAGUUCUUCCUGAGACCGUGAAGCCUGAUCCAAGAACUGCCGAGACUGGCCGAGACCCGCUCUUUACCUGCCUGCCCUCCAACGGCAAACCCAUCUGACGCCAACCCUCGGAUCUGGACCGGACCCCUCCACCUGUCAGUCACUCCCCCCCUCCUCCCAGCGGAGACCACAUCCAUACCAGUUGCGGGAUGCUUGUUGCAUUACAUCCUGACAGAUGGCCAACAUCCCUUUCAAACCACAACACCAUACUUUGAGAAACCCUUUCAGAUAUUUGAAAAUGUCAGAAUGGGAAAAUUCACUCUUCUAUGUGAUGAAAAAUGGAGCAGCCAAACAAAUAUGAUUUCCCGGAUGCUGAGUACAUCACUUAAAGAUCGUCCCACCAUUGAAGAAGCCCUUCAGGCAUUCAUGUGUUUGACACAUCAGGUAGAAUAUACUGAAAUCACAAACAACACUGGGUCUGAGAAUCAAAAUAAAGAUGGAUCCCAUUCAACAAAUUUCAGUGUUGAAUCCUCUGAUGGCACAAACAACCAGAGUAUGGUUACAGAUCUUGCUGACACUGCUCCCAGUAACCUGCUGCCUUCAUCUCCGACAACAGAAGAGGAAUUUUCUGAUUGUGGAAAGGUAAGAAAGGGUUUAAUUACUCAAGAACAAGGUUCCCUUUCUCAGGAAAUGUCAGAGGAUGAUGACCAACCACCAGGGGGAGAAGAAAGUGCAACUGAAGUACCCCACAGAAAACCACCUUCGACAACUGACAUCAUAUUUAAAAUGUCAUCCAAUACUGCACAUGUGUGUAUGACAAGAAAAACUGUUGUCUUUACUGUGAGAAGCUUUACUCAAAAAUAACAAGACAUUUAAAACAGAGGCACUCAGACAAACCUGAUGUGGCCAAGACGCUUGCACAAAAGCAAGGAUCAAAAAAGCAGUCCUUGCUUUUUAGUAAAAUAAGAAACAUGGGAAACUUCCAACCCAAUUGUUCUGUUACAAAGUCUGGAAAAGGACAAAUCAUUCCAAAACGGCAAGCAACAUAUCCAGCAGCUGCAUCCGACUACUUUCCUUGCAAGUUUUGCUUUGCUAUGUAUGUCAAAUCAGAUCUCUGGAGACAUCAUAAGCACUGCAAACUUCGCUCAAAAGAAGACAUUGCCACAAGAAAUGUUCAGGCAAGUUCUUCCAUGUUGCUGCCCACGAACACUGUGAUUUCCACUGGACUUCAGACGGUUCUCCAGGAAAUGAACUAUGACAAUGUAACUCAAUUAUUAAAGGCUGACUCCCUUAUUAUUUCACUGGGUGAGAGAAUGUUCCUCAAAAAUGGAGAAGUUGGACCGCAUCGAGCAGACAUCAGAAAUAAGAUGAGGGAACUUGCCAGACUUGUUCUGACAGCAAGAAAUAUUGACAAAGACAUUGUCUUUUUGAAAUACUUGAUCUGUCCAGGAAAAUUCAACACAGUCCUCGAGACUGUAAAACAGGUGACUGGCUUUAAUGCAGUUUCCAACAGGUUCACAGUGCCCUCAACUGCACUGAAACUGAGGCAUUCUCUUGUGAAAGUGUCAUGUAUUUUGCAAGGAGAGGCGCUGCGUCAAGAGAAUCUUGAUUUAAAAUCAAAAGCACAGCAAUUUGUCGAGUUAAUUGAACUGGAAUGGUCAACACAUGUGUCAUCUAAUGCCCUGAAAACACUGUAUCAGAAGAAAUGGAAUACGCCACAAAUACUGCCUUUGUCAGAAGACAUCAAAAAGCUCCAGGACCAUCUGAGAAACCUUGAGAUAGUCCACAAAAGAAAUCUCAAUGAUCAGCCAACACAACAUUCAUGGAGUCAACUCUCUCAAGUCACUCUGACACAGCUAAUACUGUUCAAUCACCGUCGUGAAGGAGAAGUCUCAAGAAUGGAACUCCGAACAUAUUUAGAAAGGAGCACACACUGUAAGUACGAUAAAGUUUGGAGAGCCUUUCAGCAUUUGAAAAAAAACUUUGUGAGAAUCUCACCAGAGUAGAGAUACGGGGAAAGACGGGCUGCAAAGUGCGUGUGCUGUUCCCAACAAAUAUAAAAGAGUCUGUGGAUCUUCUGAUUAAAACGAGAGAAGAGGCUGGAAUCUCCUCCACCAAUCCCUACAUUUUUGCUCUUCUAUUUUUUGGAUCCCAAGAGAGCAUUUGUGGAUGUGACUGCUUAAAACGGUUUGCAGAAAGCUGUGGAGCUCAACAACCACAGAAUCUCACGUCAAGCAAACUACGGAAGCAUGUAGCUACAGUUUCACAACUCUUAACCUACAAAACCAUAAACUAGACCAGCUGGCAACAUUUAUGGGCCAUGACAUGGAAACCCACAGGGAAUUUUACAGACUGCCUGAAGAAACACUCCAACUGGCAAAAGUCAGCAAACUUCUUUUUGCUCUCCAAGGUGGGAUGAGCAAAUUUAAAGGGAAAUCCCUAGAAGAGAUUACACCAGACAUCAACUCUGCGGACUCCAGUGACUCCGAUGCAGACUUUCAAACUAAGGGAACGGUUAACAACAGUCAAAAAGAAACUUCCAAGGUUGAUCACGGCAAAGUGAGACCAUCAUCCAAAGCGACUGAGGGCAGGAAAAAGGCAUCAUGUCCAUGAAGUCAAAAAGGCAAAUCCAAACGGCAAUGGACGGAGGCAGAAAAAAAGAUUCUCAUUCACCAUUUCAAGGACUCCUUAAAAGAAAUGAAGAUCCCUGGGAAAGCAGACUGUGAGAGAUGCUUGAACGACAAUCAGAUCCUAAGGGAUAAUGGGAGAAAUUGGAAAGCUGUGAAAUAUUUUGUACACAACAAAAUAACAGCUGUGAAGAGGACUUUGUGCCAAGAAUGACAGCGCAAAUGCUUGGAACCAUGUAUUCUUUCACAUAAUCACAAAUAUUAUGAAGCAUCAAUUUUUUGUCCCUGAAAGCUGACAGCUUCUUUAAUGGAGCAUCAGUGUUUUGGGCUCCAAUGCUGGUAGCUCGCAUUACGGAGCAUUAGCAUUUUAUGCCUAAAAGCUGAUAGUUUACAUCAGGGGUCACCAACCUUUUUGAGACUGGGAGCAACUUCACGGGUACAGAGCAACACGAAGGGUACUUGUUUGAUGCAGCCUUUAUAAGUAUAUAAAAAAAAUCCCUUCUCACCCACCGCGGGUGGUUCUUAUCCUCUGAGCUCGGUCCUCUACCAGAGGCCUGGGAGCUUGAGGGUUCUGCAGUAUCUUGGCUGUGCCAAGGACUGCACAUUUCUGGACUGAGAUGUCUGAUGUUGUUCCUGGGAUCUGUUGUAGCCACUGCUCCAGUUUGGGGGUUACUGCCCCGAGGGCCCCGAUGACCACAGGCACCACUGUGGUCUUCACCUUCCAGGCCCUCUCCAGUUCUUCCCUGAGGCCCUGGUAUUUCUCCAGUUUCUCGUGCUCCUUUUUCCUGAUGUUGCAAUCACUUGGUAUUGCUACAUCUACCACAACGGCUUUCCUCUGUUGUUUAUCCACUACGACAAUGUCUGGUUGGUUCGCCAUUACCAUUCUGUCUGUCUGGAUCUGGAAGUCCCACAGGAUCUUAGCUCUGGCGUUCUCCACCACCUUUGGGGGUGUUUCCCACUUUGAUCUUGGGGUUUCCAGUCCAUAUUCUGCACAGAUGUUUCUGUACACUAUACCUGCCACUUGGUUAUGUCGCUCCAUGUACGCUUUCCCUGCCAGUAUCUUGCACCCUGCUGUGAUGUGCUGGACUGUCUCAGGGGCCUCCUUGCACAACCUACACCUUGGGUCUUGUCUGGUGUGGUAGAUCUGGGCCUCUAUUGCUCUGGUGUUUAGGGCCUGUUCCUGGGCGGCCAGGAUGAGGGCCUCUGUGCUGUCCUUGAGUCCAGCUUUUUCCAGCCAUUGGUAGGAUUUACUGAUAUCAGCCACUUGGGUUAUUUGCUGGUGGUACAUCCCAUGUAGGGGCUUGUCCUCCCAUGAUGGUAUCUCUGGCACCUCAACCUCCGUUCCCUGUUGUCUGAGACAUUCACUGAGCACAUUGUCUGUUGAGGCUUUGUCCCUGAUGUAUUUAUGGAUCUUAGUUGUUUCGUCCUGGACAGUGGUUCUCACACUCACUAGUCCUCUGCCUCCUUCCUUGCGGCUCGUGUACAGUCUCAGGGUGCUGGAUUUGGGAUGGAACCCUCCAUGCAUGGUUAGUAGCUUUCUAGUCUUAAUAUCUGUGGCUUUUAUCUCCUCCUUUGGCCAGCUAAUUAUUCCAGCAGGGUAUCUCAUACCAUGAGAGAUACUAAGUUGCAUAACAUGCCGGCUCAGACGUCGCCCGGCCAAACAAGGUCUGCGUCAGUUGUUGGGGAACCAGAGCACCUUGAUGACAAAUGGGCUACUGGAACAAGACGGAAA